AAAUACCUUGCGCAUGCGCUUAGCGCAGUGACGCCCAGGCUUACAAAUCGAUGUCCGAGUGACAGAACGAUAGCUCCCUGCUCGAUCAGCCACAAUGGCGGAUAAACAAAACGCCCAGAAAAGCGUCAAAAUAGCCACCGGAGCUGUUGUUUGUGUUGAAAGUGAAAUCAAAGGGGAUGUCACAAUAGGUCCGCGGACUGUGGUUCACCCGAAAGCUCGGAUCAUCGCCGAAGCAGGACCUAUUAUUAUUGGGGAAGGGAACCUUAUAGAAGAGCAAGCGGUCAUCAUUAACAGUCAUCCAGAGAACAUCAAUCCCGAUUCAGAAGUAGAGCCAAAGACCAUGACCAUCGGUGUCAACAAUGUUUUCGAAGUUGGCUGUGUAUCACAGGCUCUGAAAAUCGGAGACAAUAAUGUGAUAGAAUCAAAAGCCGACGUCGGUAGAAACGUAAUCCUGACCAGUGGCUGCAUCAUCGGGGCCUUCUGUCAAGUGAACACUUGUGAAGUCAUACCUGAAAACACGGUCAUCUACGGCUCUGGGUGCAUGAGGCGGGUCCAGACUGAGCGACCACAGCCUCAAACUCUGCAGCUUGACUUUCUGAUGAAGAUAUUGCCCAACUACCACCAUCUAAAGAAAACGGUUAAAGCCAGCCAUAAUGCUAGUUAGUCAGUUCUUUGAGAUGUAGGAAAAUCAGGCAUUAUAGCGUAUUCCUCCUAUGUCCCUUAGUGGUUUUCUUAACUGGUAGUUAACAUUGUUGCAGUUUUGUAAAAUUAAUUAAAUGCUUACAUGUUG